AUGAGCGUCAUAAGUCAACAAUACAAGCAAAAGUCAAACUGCCUCGGCAUUCGACUUGAAACACCACAAGAAUCAAGAAAUUCCCUGCUUACCAAGGAAGAUGAGCAGAAGGCAAAGGAGAACGACGCAAUGCUGGUUGAGGCACUGAAUGGACUCACAUUUGAAGAACGGCAAGAGCAGCAAGAAAUUGUUCAUGGUGUGGAUGAAAUGACUGCAGACGAGUCGACCUUUAUUGAGAGUACGCUGAAAGAUCUAGAUAAUAUCCUCUUGCGAACGAAACACGGUACUGUGUAUGAAACAGCGGAAUCACUCAAUCCUGAAUACGUUGGUGCAAGAGCUUUCCGAAUCAUGUUUCUCCGUGGAAACCGAUAUGACGCAAAGGCAUCGGCAAAACAGAUGCUUAAUUUCUUUGAGUGGAAGGAGCAGCUCUUCGGAAGAGAAAAGCUAGUGAAAGAUAUCACGAUGGAAGACCUAGACGAAGACGAUCGGGCAUGUAUGAGAACCGGGUCUAUUCAAAUACCAGGAAAAGACAGGUCCAACAGAACAAUAAUAUUCCACCUUCCGGGUUUGAGACAAUUUAAAACUCUGAUAAAUGAGUUGCGGGCGCGGUAUUAUAUUUGGAUGACGGCAUUGAAAUCGGAAGAAUGCCAGCUUCGGGGGGCAGUUGCUGUCCUAUACGGUGUGGGCGAUUUCAAAGACAAAAAGGAAGGCGGCGGCUACGUAGAGCAUACUCGCUUGGUCUUAGCCCUUCCACUUCAUCAAGCAGCGCUUCACGUAUUCACCGAUAGCUCAGCCGAGUACAUUUUGGGAAAUGGGGUCAUUAGAAUGUUGCCAAGAAAAGUUCGUGCCCGCUACAUAAUACACUUUGGCAGCCACAUGGAGAGCCAAUACCUCUUCCCCACGUACGGCAUACCGUUAAGCAUACUUCCAUUGAAACCGAUGACAUUUGAGGCGAAUUUGGAGCCCCACCACAAGUGGUACCAAUCAUGCCUUAGUAACGACAAGAUCGAUUUCACCGACCUUGUACAGUCCAACAGAACAAGAACCGAGUAUAAUGACAAUGAUGUCCUCUAUGUUGCUGGCAAGAAGAGCAACAAUGCUGGCAACCAUCGUCUUCGUGUACUCGUUGCGGAUUUGUCGCGAAUCUAUGAUUCUGGGAUAAAAGAGAAACAAAGAACUGUAGUAGAUGGCAUGAUUGGUGAGAUCCACAAAACUGGAGGCCGCUUCUUGAAACAAAAUCCAGGAUCGGACUCUGACUGGACCGAAGUGCCACUCGAUGAGGUUCGCAUAAAGAUAACUCAAAUGUUCCGAAAUCAUCGACGGAGGGCAGGUGCUUUGAUCCAGGGCGGCUGUCUUAUAGCAGAUGAACCGCUCCCGAACGAUGUGGUGUUUGGAAAGACGCACAGGAGUCGAGGAAGUGAUUUGAUGCAUUAUCUCAUCAAAACGCGAUCCGACGAGUACAAUUCUUUGGACCGUGGCAUGAAAGUGCAAGUUGUGGAUGCCGUUCUCGAGAGGAUAAAGGGCGAGGGCGGUCGGUUUCUCCAAACAGCACCCGAACAUGGCGGCUGGUUGGAAGUCACGACCGAAAUGGCUCGGAUAAGAGUAUCGAAGUACUUUCGAAACAACCGGCGACAGGCAAAGAGGAAUGGGUGA